AAUGGCAUCAGUUUACAGGGAGCUUACGAACAUCAUUCUCAGUACUUCAGUUCUGUGUGUGUGCGUGUUGUACGCUUGGGAGCUCAAGCACCGAUGACAGUCGAAAGCAAACAACUCGGCAGUGCCUUGUUCGACAGUCGCUUGUUGAUCGAUUGCCCAGCGGUACAGUCUCACGCUCGUUUUGCUGGUUGGCCGUACAAGAAGAGGUAAGAGAGUUUAACGCAAAUUGAAAUAACUUGUGCACAGAGAGCGAGACAGAGAAUCAUAAAAGCAUGUUUCUGUUGGGACGUCGUCUGCUGGCAGGGCCACGUGGGGCCGCCGUCGGAGCAACCGUAGGUCUGCUCGGUACUGCAAUGGUUGCCAUCAACCUGCUUUCAUCACCGUCCGGUGUUGCUGCUUGCUCUGCGGCCCAACCACCGGCGGUCGCUGCUGACGGAAAGGUGGCUACAUCCGUGUACGAUUUCACCGCGAACGAUAUCGACGGUAACCCGGUGCAGCUUGGCAAGUACCGUGGUCACGUACUGAUCAUCGUCAACGUUGCGUCAAAGUGUGGAUAUACGGAGGGACACUACAAGGAGUUUAAUCAACUUUAUCAGGAGUACGCCGAGUCCAAGGGAUUGCGCAUUUUGGCGUUCCCGUGCAACCAGUUCGGUGGACAGGAACCGGGCAGCAAUGCGGAAAUCAAGGAGUUUGCCAAGGAGCGUGGCGUAAAGUUCGACAUGAUGGCGAAGGUGAAGGUGAACGGGGACGAUACACAUCCGCUGUGGCAGUAUCUGAAGCAACGGCAGGGCGGUACGCUGGUGGAUGCGAUCAAGUGGAACUUUACCAAGUUCAUCGUGGACAAAAAUGGGCAGCCGGUUGGACGCUACGGUCCUACCACUAGCCCGCUCGAGAUGCGCGAAGAGCUGGAGAAGUACCUCAAUCAGUAAGUAGCAGACCAAACGUGUAUUUGAACGAUGGCUGGGGAAGAGUGUAAUGUGGUCGUUCGAAUUUCAUACUGUUAAGGGUAAUUGAUACUGUCUGCAACAAUUGACGUGAAAUUUCACCUACAGGCAUAGAAUUUGCUUCUCAACAUGGAUUUUUUUUUGCGUGCGUUAUUACUCGAAUAAAUGUUUUAUGCAUUUGUAUGCUAGUAGCAAGAUA